GUGCUGGUAGCCCGCAAAGAACAGCUCUGUGCUCAAGGGUUUCGCCGCGAGUGGCGGCGGCCACGAGAGCAGGCGACGAGGAGCGGCGGGGAGGAGGAGGCGGGCACGCGGCGUACGGCGGAGGUUCCGGCGCGGGUCGCGGGAGUUCCAAGGAGCGGCCGGCAGCGCCGCAGCACCGAUCGCCACCACCAGCAGGCCAAUCGCUGCCAUCUCCGACAGCAAGCUAGCCAUGAACAGACCCGUGGAGAACACCAUUGUGGGCUCUUGUGUCUUCCAAUUCAAAGUCGACUACGAGCUAGUCAAGCACCUUCCCACCGGUAUGGCCUUCUACUCCGAUGCCGUCUCCGCCGGGGGACACCUGUGGGGGAUUAAGUUCUUCCCGAGUGGGGAGUACGAGGCCGACGAGGAGUAUGUUUCUAUCUUCCUGGAGCACAUGAGCAAAUCUAGAAGUGUCGGGGUCAUCUUUGAGGUGUUUAUGAUGGGUAGGGACAGCAAGCCAUCCAUGUCAUUGUCACACAUACGAAGGUUAUGUCAAACCUUUGAAAUCAUGGAAGAUAAAGACAGCAGCGACUGCUGGGGAUGGGGCAAGUUCCUCGAACGAACUACUUUGGAGAAAGAUUACUUAACAGGGAGACACGUCACAUUUGCUUGUGCCAUCAUGAUCAUCGAUGACAGUUGUGUUCCUGUCCCUCCUUCAGACAUUGGGACCCAUCUUGGUCGCCUGCUAGAUCACGCUGAUGGGACAGAUGUGUCAUUCAUCGUUGACAAUGAGACAUUCCAUGCUCAUCGAGCAGUGCUUGCUGCCCGCUCACCGGUCUUCCGAGCAGAGCUCUUCGGCCCCAUGUCCGAGGCUACAAUGCCAUCCAUCACGCUGCACGACAUCACACCUGCAACAUUCAAAGUUAUGCUCCGGUUCAUAUACACAGAUGAAUUGCCCCUAGAAGACGAGCUUGAGGACUCUUCCACCGAGAUGUUCCAGAACCUGCUUGCUGCGGCCGAUCGGUAUGCACUGGACAGACUGAAGAUUGUUUGCGCCCAGAAGUUGUGGGAUAAAGUGUCGGUAGAUACAGUUGCAACUAUCUUAGCUUGGGCUGAAACCUACAACUGCCAGGAGUUGAAGAACAGGUGCAUUGACUUCUUUGUGGUGGAGGAAAAUUUCAAGAAGGCCAUCUUCACCGAUGGUUAUGCGUUGCUGGUUCUGAAAUUCCCAGAGAUCAUUGCUGAGAUGAAAAAGAGGGUUUAGGAGAUGACACAAUGAGAUAUAUCUCCAUGUAUAUAGUUCAGGUGUUCAAGCGAUAGUACUAGAUGUGUUUUGGAACGUGGUGAGUGGUAUGCGGCAUCUUAUCAAGCGUACUGGGGCGUACUAAAUGUGUUUCAUGAGCUGGGAGCCUGAUAUUACUGGAUCUUCUUGUUAGCAGUAUUGGCCAUAGUUGCUACUGAGUACUAAUGGCGGAGUGGUGGAUGUUUAUCAGGUAUCAGAUACUUGUGCUGAAUGAGCAGCUUGUUUUCCGUUUGUGUU